GUGGAGAGGAUGUCGCUAUUGUUGCGCACCGGCACGGUUUUACUUUCCACGCUGCCAUUUCAGCUGAUCCAUCCGAGAGCUUUGGCUUAGUUCCCCUCUCGGUUAUUUCGGUUAUUUAAUGGGUAUUCUCUGGACUAAGUUGGAUUUCUGCUGACUUAUCUUAUCUGUGGACUGUUUUCACCUGGGAAACCUGUCCUGGAUUGGUCUGACACAUUACAGCCGAAGCGACACAAGCGCAGUAAAACUUCUGCGCCUCAGGAUGAACGCACCUGUCAUCAUUUUGCUCCUUCAUCUGACCCAAACUGAGAUUAGAGCACUGGGUCUGAGCAGCAAGGUGGAAGCAGUGGCCAGAUGCCCCCUCGGCCAUUUUCCGUGCGGGAAUUUGAGUGAGUGCCUCCCUCAGGCUUUGCAGUGUAAUGGACACAAAGACUGUCCUAACGGAGCUGACGAAUGGCGCUGUGGGGACAACAUUGGAUGGGCAGACUUGUUUGGCCCAAUUCUUCAGAAUGGCAGUUCUGUGAAGCAGUACCUCCCUAAUGACUGCUACUUGCAGGAAUACCCAAAGAGUUGUAAGUGCAUACAGACAGAUGUCGAAUGUGUGGCAGUCAACCUGCAGGAUGUCCCUCGUCUCUCCCCAAAUGUUACCUGGCUGUCACUGAGGAGCAACGAGAUCAGAGUGUUGCCUGAUUUUGUUUUCUCUGAAUACUUUGCCCUACAGAGACUGUUUCUACAAAACAACAGCCUCCAGUUCAUAUCCAAACAUGCCUUCAGCGGCCUGUACAGUUUAAAGCGGCUGUUUCUCAGUGAGAACCAAAUAUCCUCCCUCAGUCCUGGUGUGUUCAGGGAUCUCCAUCAGUUAGAGUGGCUGGUUUUGGAUCAUAACCCACUAAACAUCUUGUCCCAGGACACCUUCAUUGGGCUCCAGUCUCUCAUGUACCUAUCCAUGGUGAACACAUCACUGCAGCAGUUCCCCCACCCCAGCUUCUGCCAACACAUGCCUUCAUUGCACUGGCUGGAUCUGGAAGGAAACAAGAUUCAAACUCUCAACUACUCCAUCUUGAAGACCUGCAGCAAGCUUGAAGUUCUAUUACUGAUGGACAACAAGAUCAGAAGAGUCCCUGAAAACACUUUCCAGUCACUGUGGAAACUGGCAGAACUGAAUCUGUCCAGCAACAGGAUCAGAGAGCUGCCAAAAAACACCUUUAAAAGCCUUUCGAAGUCCCUCCUUAAACUAAAUAUCUCCCAUAAUCCCCUUCUCCACAUUCACCCCAGCCACUUCAACCACCUGACACAUCUUCAGUCUCUGGCACUGGAAGGAAUUGAGAUUCCAGAUAUUCAAACGAAGAUGUUUCUAGCUAUGGUGAAUCUUUCCCACAUAUACUUUAAGAAGUUCCAGUACUGCUCCUAUGCACCUCAUGUCAGGUCUUGUAAGCCCAACACAGAUGGCAUCUCAUCUUUUGAGGACCUGCUGGCCAACAUAGUGCUACGGGUGUCUGUCUGGGUCAUAGCCUUCAUUACCUGCUUUGGUAACCUCUUAGUCAUCGGUAUGAGAUCGGUGAUUCGAGCUGAGAACAACCUGCAUGCCGCCUGCAUCAAAGUCCUUUGCUGUGCAGACUGCCUCAUGGGUGUGUACCUGUUUUUUGUUGGAGUGUUUGACGUCAAAUUUCGCAGCCAGUACAAUCGUCAUGCCUUGCUCUGGAUGGAGAGCGUGGAGUGUCGAACCAUUGGAUUCUUGGCCAUGCUCUCCUCGGAGGUCUCUGUUCUCCUCCUGACCUACCUGACUCUGGAAAAGUUCCUGGUUAUUGUCUUUCCCUUCAGCAAUUUGCGUCCAGGCAAACUUCAGACAGGGGUGGUUCUGGCUUCUAUCUGGCUGCUGGGGUUCAUUAUUGCUGCUGUGCCCCUAAUGAAUGAGGAUGUGUUCGGAAACUACUAUGGGCGUAAUGGGGUCUGCUUUCCCCUGCACUCUGACAAGCAAGAAAAACCUACCGCCAAAGGAUAUUCCACAGGAAUCUUUCUGGGUCUUAAAAAAAUGGCAAUCCUGGUGAUCAUCUUCUCCUACUCCAGUAUGUUCUGCUCCAUCUAUAAAACUGGCAUCAAUGCGACAGAGUUGAGGGGCAGACUGCACAAAGACGUGGCUGUGGCCAACAGGUUUUUCUUCAUAGUGUUCUCUGAUGCCCUCUGCUGGAUUCCCAUAUUUAUAGUGAAAAUCCUCUCACUCCUGGAGGUGGAGAUUCCUGGCACCAUCUCCAGCUGGGUAGUCAUCUUCAUCCUUCCUAUCAACAGUGCCUUGAACCCCAUUCUAUACACGUUAACCACCAGCUUCUUCAGAGAGCAGGUGGAACUCUUACUGUGUCGUUGGCAGAAAAGACACAUUGUCAAGAAAGACCACAAAAGCCUACCCACCUCCACAAUUUUCAUUGAGACAUCACGGACUCCUUGCUACCAACAGCCGGCCUUCCUCCAACGGGUAUCACUGACUAUUGCAGAUCCUCGCUACGCCUGAGGGAGGCAGGGAGUUUCUGGUGUUUUGUGAACUGCAGGUUAAGAGCCUGUAACUGGUGUAUCUUUGGUACUGGUGUUGCUGUAUAUACCGUAGCACUAGCAAUGAGUUUAGCUUCCACGUGGAACAGGAUUAACAAUAAUUGAGCUGUCUCAUCAUACUUUGACAUUGACAUGUUCCCCAGUUGUAAAAGUGACAAUUACAGCAUGCCAGCUUUUUUGUGUGUGUAUAUAUACAUACAAAGAGCACCUUAGGGUUUAGUGUACCUCUCUAAGCCACUUGAACAUACAGACGGGAGGAGCCAGUGAUCAAACCAUCACCAGUAAUUGUUCCUAUGCUUGCAUGCUUAUGUGCCCAUACAAUAAAACAGGAGAAGAGAUGGAAGAAUGAAUACCAGCAUGCAUUGAUCCUCCAGGGUGGUAAAAUUCACAAUGGACUGAAAAUAUCAAGCAAGAAAAGUGCUUAUAGUACUGUUAAAAUACAUCACCUCUCACAUGUAUGUGAAGUUUUAUUUUAGUGACCCCAUGGUCAGACUAUAGUGCUGGGAGAAGAGGAGCCACACCUGUCAUCUUACAGACACUAUAUUCUAUGAACUGACUCAAGGAUAAAGCUAUAGAUGUGAAGCUCAUUGCAGAAUGGCUAAGUAUAAAUUGUUUCAGGCUUAAUAAAACAAGCUAGUGAGUUUAUGUCAAGUUUUUGACACAGGGUUGGCUCCUUCCACCCUGCAAUCCACAAGAAUAAGCAAUUGUAGUGAAUGGAUUUGAAUACCUUCCAUGACAAGACUCGAGUGAAUACAGCUUAAGGUAUUUAUCAUAUUGUCAUAGAAUCAGUGAUAUUUUUUCUUUGCUUCCUGCCUCUGUGUUUCUGGUUUUGUUUUGUCUUAACUUUCUUCAGCUCUCUCUGCUGUUGCAAUUACUGGCCCAAUUAGCUUCUCUGAUGAGAUUGUGUUUUCUAAUAUUCCUUUAGACUGUGGUUCAGUGGGUAGAGCAGUUUUCUCCCAACUGGAGGGUCAGAGGUUUGAAUCUCUGUGCCUCCAAUCCACAUGUCAGAGCCCCCGGGAAAGACACUGAACCCCCAAGUUGCCCCCGAUGGUUAGAGCCAUCGGCAUGAGUUGGCGCGGCAGAUGGCUGCCUCAGCUCUGUACCAGAAACAAAUUCCCUGUGUAACAUACUUGGCCAAAUCACGGUGAUUAUUAUCUAAGAUCUAUCCACAGAAAUAAAAACAUGAAGCUGCAAAGAAAGGGCUGCAUUUGCCUUUUAGCGUGUUUAAAGUGUUGCCAUGCAAAAUAUUGCACAGAUGUUAUUUCAUUCAUGAAAAAAAGUUGGUUACUAUACAGUAUCCAGUGACAAUUGCUUAAAACAAAUCUUGACAUUACUAAUAAUGAAGUCUUAUUUUAAAUCUUACUUUUUUGGCAGGUUAGUAUUGAAGUAGGAGAGAAAAUUAAAAUUGAUAAACUACCAUUUUACAUUUGAGUUGUAUCAAACCCUUUAGGGUCAGAGCCAUUGUAGAAACUUUAAAUGUGAGAGAAAAUACCCAGUUGGAGAAAAAUGUAACAAUGACGCUGAAUGUUGUGCAUUAGAUGUGUAACAGUUAUUGUCCUGUUGCCAGUUUUGCCAUGUUUUUUGUUCUGAUGUGCAAUUAUUUUUGUUACAUAUCAUUUUGUACACUCCAUAUGCAAGUACAGUAUGUGCUCUGACUAGUUAAGAAGCUGAACCAAUAUGCUGCAUUACCUUGAUAGUGACACUGUUAAAUCAUACAAUGGCAAGUAGAGGUAAGUGAUUUGCUUUGGAAAUACCUUUAUGUAUAAAUUUGCAAAUGUGAUCAGAUCUUUUUUAAAGUUACAAUUAUGACUGCUAUUUAUUUUAAAAACACAUCAUUGUAUUCUUCUGGUCCAUAUUGAAUCCGUCCUUUAAACAUUCCCCAUGUAGUUUGGAAUACCCCACAAUUAAUGAAAUAAGUGUAAGCUAAUUGGAAUCAGGAGUUUGUAAACUUGGAGCCCAGCCAAUUACUGAAGAUUGGAGGUUUGAGCUAGUUUGGGCAGACAUCUCCCUCAGCUGGUUGGGGUGAGUCAAUAGAAGAGAGAAAAAUAUCAAGACACAAAAACGCUGGGCAGGUUUAAUGUGGCUGGUUACUGCUCAGUUUGUAUUUCAGCCAGCAUUUACUCCUUGCCAGACUGUCAUAAACAAAACAUCCUUUACCUUCUAAGAUUCAGCUCUAUUUUCCUGUUAUGUUGUUGACCUGUUUCUCCCAUCCAAAUCUGGCUUUGUUUGCCCAUUUAGAUUGUUGGACUUUGGAUGUCCUGAGAUCUGUCCUUAAUGUACUGCCUGUCUUAGUGUGUGGGUUCUAGUCCCAGGAUGUAGUUAUUUGUCUGCUUCAUGUCAAAUUUGUUUAUAUUAGAUAAUUUUAUGACCAGUUCAUGCAGAAAACCAGUCCAUCAAUAGUUUACAUAAUUACUUUCUUGGCACUUUUUUGAUCAGACCUUCUUUUGACUGACCUAGUCUGGUUCAUAUGUGCGUGUCAGAUGUCACAUAGACUGUUCCAACUUUGGUUCAUAUUUCU